CAAUAAACCGGAAAGUUGGACUCCAACUUCAUUUUGGCAGGUUGAACACCUUUUGGCCAGUUUACGAGCUUUGGACACUAUCAAGCAAGAUAAAUGAUCUAAGUUGUGAAUUCUGAGCUCUUUAACAAGUAAAGAGUUUGCUCUUUGGCCUAAUGGUUUGAACAUUCGGUCCCCGGCGUUCAAAACGAAAGCGGAAAUGUCCGGUGUGUGUCUGUAGGUAAGGAAGAGAAGAGCUGUCUCAUCGUCUUAACUUCAGACACGAGAAGAUGGAUCGAUUUAAAGUUAUGCUGUUGGAGAUAUCCGAUAAAAUCAGUCCUGAGCAGUUAGACAAGCUGAAAUUUCUAUGCGUAGGCAUUAUUGGGAAGAAGAAAAGCGCGGAAUUCACCAGCGGCAUUCAGCUGUUUGACUGUCUGAUAGAGAGAGCAGAGAUCGGGCCUCAUAACACGGAUUUUUUACGGAAGCUUCUCUCUGACAUUGGUCAACAUGUUUUACUGGAAAAAAUCGAGAGAUACGAAGGUCAAGCGAGCUCCAGCGAAUUGCCGGAUGAAACGGAACUAGAAAAGAUCAACUGUGCAAUCGAAGUGAUUGUUGAGCAUCUGGGAAGGAAGUGGCUUCAGUAUGGACGGAAACUGGGAAUCUCAGAGUUUAAGCUGGAAGGCAUACAAGAGAAACACCCUCGCAACCUGGAGGAACAAGUGAGAGAACUCUUCAAAGAGUGGAAGAAGUCACGCAAAGUGGACGCCAGAGUGGAUGAGCUGAUCAGGGCGCUCCGUGCCUGUGACCUUAACUAUACCGCUGAUCUGGUCGAGAGAAAACUCCAGAGUGCUAACUUGUCUUGAAAAGACAUUCCUUCUUUCUUUUUUUUUUUUUUUUAGGCUUUUAUCCUCAUUCAUCGCUGCUGAACAUGUACAUUUGCUAAUGAUAUUUCAUCGCAUUCGCCUUGCAGUUCUUUGUGCCAAAAUCGAUGCCAAAAAUCACUUUGUUCUUAAAGUCAUAUUAUUCAGUUGUGGAAAGCUUCACUCAGCCUUAAAGCUUUGCUCAGGAAGAAGGGCAUAUCUGUCUGUUGCGCUGGUGGGUAAACUGUGAAUCCAUGCUGUUUACAAAAAAGGGUACUUUUUUCACUGGAAUAUUAUAAAUUAGGCUGAGCUGAGAUUCAAACGGAACAUAGAAUUAGAAUAUAAUCAAACAAUGAUCUCUCCGUGUUAAAGCCUCAGCCUGUGACAUGAACAUUGAAUUGAAUAAUGAUUAGAAGAUAACAGCAUUGUUGCAAAAAGAAUUCAAUUUGUUAUGUGGAUGUAAAUAAAGGGAAUGAUAUUUUGA